UCACACUUUGAAGUGAGGAUUUUCGAUAUGAGUGGAUUGGAAAGAAUGCCAUUGAUGGGAAGCUGUGAUUCCAUGUCAUUGAGUGAAGAACUAGCAGUUCCUGCAAUUCCAUUGAAACAAGUUCAUCCAGAAGGCUCUAACAAUAAUGAUAAUUAUCAUCUUUAUGAUGAGAUGUUGGAGAAAGCUGGAAUCAAAUUCCCUUAUAUCUUAAAGCGUUUAACCAGUUACCAUGUUGAGAAGAUUUUCGUGAUGAAUUUCUCCAAAUCCUCUGUUUUAGAACAGUACUUGCCAAGUGAAAGAGAAAAUAUAGUUCUACUAAAUGCAGAGGGAAGAUCAUGGGAAGUGAGUUAUAUUCCAAAGAAAAACAGAUCAACACUUUCUGGAGGUUGGGGACGUUUUGCCCAUGAAAAUGGUCUAAAGGUGGAUGAUAUGUGUGCUUUCGAGAUUCUCUCCCAACAUGAAAUUCGAGUGCAUGUGUUGGGGGAUUUGGUUUAAGGAAAAGUGGGUGUUUUCUUUUGAGAUUGAUGGAAGUUUUUGUUGUAUUAAGAAUGGUUUAAGACUUGUUUUGUUUGAUCCUAAUGGUGUUUUAUCAGUUUGUUAUGCAUGCAUAGUUUAUUUAGGUUUAUGAAACAACCGGUGUUCUUCAUUUUGAGAUGUAUGUUUCUAAGAAUGUAUGCAAGAGAUUAUGGUAUUGAUGAAGUAUAUG